AUGCCAAUGCAAUUCAACCCUGCUACCCAAGAACCCUAUCUACGCCUGUUACCUCCACAUUCAAACAUCAUUAUCACCCCACAUCGACUGGACCAAUGUGAAUAUGAAGUGACAUCUAUAGUGGAGAUUUUGAACCAUCCAGAAGUCUGGCCCUUCCUCACAUUCCCACAUCCUUAUCUCGCGGAACACGGGGAGGAAUUGGUCGGAAUAGACUCCGAGGGAAGGCGUGCCGUUGUCGAAGCCCUACGAUCGGAGUGCAACCAGGAUUCCUGCCAUCUACCCAAUCCCGUCUUUUUCGAUAAAUGCCCCUUUGCUUGCAUCCGAGAAGUAUUAUCUGAUGAUACCGAGGGUCAUCCCUUGCAAGACACCUUUAUUGGAGAUAUUGCUCUUGGUCGAUAUAAUUUCUAUGAUUAUCCUCCUGGAAGCGCCGAGAAUAAAGCUGCGCGAGCCCGCAAUGACGCACUCCCGCCAGGUGAUAAGGAUAUUGUUUGGGGACUGGGCUGUUCGUUGCCCCAUGAUAUGCAUUCGUGA